AUGAGCGGGAAAGAGUAUUACAAUUUUUUGGUCCUCGGGGCGGAGGCGACGGGCAAGACUUGCCUGUGCUCCUGCUUCUCCCGCGGCCUCUUCCUCGACCAACACGAUGAAUACAAGAAGACCAUCACAUACGGCACCGAGGUGGACCUCACCAUAGCCGACCUUGGCGGCUGGCAUAUCGACAGUGUGGACCAGGACUGUUUGCAGCGUAUCAAAUGGGCACAGGGCAUCGUGCUGGUGUAUGAUAUCACCAACCCGAGCACCCUCCAGUUGCUCAGCGAGAUCAAGACCAAAGUCGACCAGGUCAAGGACAUCAAGUCGACCGACGAGUUCAAGCUGCCGACGAUCGUGGUGGGCACCAAGGCCGAUCUCGAGCACGCUCGGGCCGUCACCGGCAGCGAGCUCAAGAAGUGGGCCGACGAGCACGGCGUCAGCUACUACACCGAGGACGUGUAUAGCGCGAAGGAGGUGUUUGUGCGGUUGAUCGGCGAGAUCCGCGCCCAGGAGCAGGCCAAGAAGGACGCCAGAGCUGCGCCCAAGACACCCGAGAGCGGCGAGAAGCGCAAGAGCCUGAUAUCUCCGCGCAGUAUGUUGUCGUUGCGCAAGCGCGGCCAGACCGUGUCGCAGACGGACAACAAUGCGCCCAGCAAGACGCCCGAGGAGGAGUCCGGCGCUGCGGCCGGCGCCAGCGCCAGCGCCGCGACCGAGGCCGUGAACAACAACCAGGAGAAUGAGCAGAAGGAGAACGAGAAGGAGAAAGAUAAGGAGAAAGAGAAAGAAAUGAAGAAGGAGCAGAAGGAGAAGGAGAAGGAGGUGAAGAAGCAGCUCAAGGAGCAGAAGGCCAAGGAGAAGGAAGAGAAGGAGCGACAGAAGCGCGAGCAGAAGGACAGGCAGAAGGCCGAGAAGCUGAUUGAGAAGGAGAAGAAGGAGCAGGAAAAGCUCGAGAAAGAGAAGGAGAAGCUGCAGCAACAGCAGCAGCAGCAGGCCAAGCAGGUCGAGGCAGCGGUGAUCAAUGCCGCCGCCGGCGAAGCGGCCCCGGCGGCCGAGGCUGCACCGGCGGUGGUGGUUGUCACGCCCACGGACAGCCUCGAGAUACCGGCGGUGACGGUGACGACGUCCGAGCAGGAGACCACGCCCGGCUCCGACACCGCCGAGACGCCGACCCAGCCCGACACGACCGAGGCCUCGACCGACUCGCAGUCGCCGGUCAGGCAGGAGGAGGGCGACGUUGAGGGCGAGAAGAAGGAGAAGGAGAAGAAGGAGCGACGGAAGCGCCGCGAGACGAUCGCUGCGCUGCUCUCGCCGCGCAGGAAUUCGGUGAGCAGCGGCACGCACGCGAAGGAGUCGGGCUCGGUCAUCGCACCACCGAGCGAGGGCUCGAUGAGCGACAACUUCGAGGUGGUCCACGAGGGCCUGGUCUCGCCCCGCGGCGAGGGCGCAGAGACCCUGCGCGAGAAGAAGAAGGGCCGGCUCAGCAUCAAGCGCUUCCGACGCAGCGAGAUCUUUCCCAAGGCCAUGGGCGCCAGAAGCCAGAGCGAAGAAGAAGGAGUGGGAAGCACGAUCACGCCCCAGGUGCAGUUCCUGCGGGUGACCAAGCCGCUCGACGCGCUAGCUGACAACUACAAGAUCUCGCCGGUCGGCGCCGAGUCGCCGGUCUUGUCCGCCGACCCGAGCGCACCGGCCACGCCCGUGAGCCACCCGCACCUCGCCGUCCACCAGUCGUCGCACAUGUCGCCGCGCAUGCGCUCGCCGUCGUUCCGCAGCGCGCCCGCCAAGCCGCUGCCGACCACACCUGGCAUGGGCCAGCACCCCGCGCCGUCACGCCAGCCUCUGCCCUCCCUGCCCAUCGUCAAGACGCCGUCGGCAUCGUCGACCACUUCGCACACGGCGCCCAUGCCGGCGAUCGAGGUCGUGGGCGAGCCCGCACCGGUGACGUCGUCGGGCGCGGUGACGUUCGACUUCCCCAACCUGGAGGACCUGCCCAUCUUCCAGGACCUCUUCCCGCCGCCGACCCACCUCGGACCUCCGCCGGCUCCGCCGACCACCCAGGCCGCCGGUGGCGCUCCCUCUGCAAGCGGGGCUGGUGGGGUAAUGUGCUGA